UCUUUUUGUGGUUGGCCAAACAUUCCCAAUGCAAGAGGUCCCUUCCCCGCCGUCGCGAAAAGCAAAGACCACCGCAAACAACCGAAUCCAAGUGGCCGCAUACAGGCUCAUGAAGAAAAAUAAAUAUCAUCUAUUGGUUCAAGAAAAGCUUGCCAAGAGAUUUCCUGAUAAUAACGAGGUGUUUCUUCGAACGCGUCUAAAAGAUUUUGCAGAAUUAGCUCGCAAGAAGGGAAACUUUCCUCAAGGUCCAGUUUGGAAAUUAAAACCUUCAAUCCGCCUCCCUAACGAGUCCGAGAUCCGAAAAAUGCUGACACCCGAAAUGAUAUGCUUGGAAGAAAGUAUGAUGGUGGGCGAGCGUCAUCUCGCAGAUGCGGGUUACAAACCUUCCCAUAUCGACGAGGAUGGUAAGCUUUCGAAAAAUGAGGAUGACGAUAUUCAAGAUGAGUCGAAGUUAGCGAUGGAAGAGUCAAAGUUGGCUAUCGAACAACAAUUGGCCCCAUGGAUAACGACACGAAACUUUCUCAAUGCAACACAGACAAAUGCAAUGCUUAAGUUACAUGGUGAAGGAGAUCCCACGGGAAGAGGAGAGGGAUUUAGUUUCAUUAGGAUUUCUAUGAAAGAUAUAUUUUUGAAGGCGGGAGAGAACGCGCAAGAAAAACUUG